AUGGGUUUUGUGCAGUCGGAAGAGAGGACGAAGAUGGAGAUAGAGGAAUUCAAGCGCAUGUUGUUAGCUGGUUGUGGCAGGCUGAACUGGAGAAAGGAUGAUGAAGAAUUUCAAGGCACACGUGCUUCAUCCGAACAAGUAGUAGAGCUUAAUAAUGAAGAGAAGCUUGUGUGCGUCACUAGUGGAGUAUCCUUCUUAGGCCUUGCCAUCGUGAACAGCCUCUUGACUCGUGGCUACUCCGUCAGAAUCAUCGUCGAUAAUGAAGAGGAUAAAGAGAAAUUGAGAGAGUUAGAAACGUCAGGAGAGAUGAGGACAAGUAAGAGUGGUAUGACGGUAGUCAUGGCGAACCUUAGCGAAGUUGAAAGCUUAGCAGAAGCAUUCGAAGGGUGUGAUGGUGUAUUUCACACCUCUGCAUUUACCGACCCAGCUGGCCUCUCUGGCUACACUAAAUCCAUGGCUGAAAUAGAGGUGAAGGCUACUGAGAACGUAAUGGAGGCAUGCUCAAGAACGCCCUCAGUGAGGAAUUGCGUAGUCACAUCAUCGCUUUUGGCCUGCUUGUGGCGAGAUAUGACCACACAUGGACUCCCACCUGUAGUUAACCAUGAGUCUUGGAGUGAUGAAUCCUUAUGCAUCCACAAAAAGCUUUGGUAUGCGUUGGGUAAGCUAAGAGCAGAGAAAGCAGCAUGGAAGAUAGCGAAGGAGAAGGGGUUAAAAUUGGUCACCAUCUGCCCAGGGCUCAUUACAGGUCCAGAAUUUUUUGGUAGAAAUCCAACAGCUACAAUUGCUUAUCUAAAAGGAGGCCAAGAAAUGUUUAAAGAUGGCUUGCUAGCAACAGUUGAUGUGAUGAAACUAGCAGAGGCACACGCAUGUGUGUUUGAAGCAAUGAAUAAGACAGCAUACGGAAGGUAUAUUUGCUUCGAUCGAGUUAUUCAAGUAGAAGACGAAGCACACAAGUUGGCUCGAGAGAUUGGAAUCCCUGCAAACAAAAUAGUAUGCGAAAGUGCAACAAACUGUGAUCCAGCUCGGUUUGUAUUAUCAAAUAGAAAACUUUGUAACCUCAUGUCAAGGACACAUAGCAGAUGUUAUAAUCCAAGUUAG